UACAGUAGUCUAUGAUGUUUAUAUUUACACUCAUAAAAUUAUUUAAUUAUUUAAAUAUAAUUUCUGUCAGUGUGGUUUGGUAACAAAGAACAAUAGAGUUUAUGGACAAUUAGUCUUCUAUCAAUUUAUAACUUUCCUGUAUAUAAUAAUUAAUUUCAAUCCUAAAAUGCAAAUUUGCAACCUGCUCAAACCAAAAGCUAACCUCAAAACAACUACCAAUUUUUCUGUAAUUGAACAACUCUUAACUCAUUAAGAUUUUUGUUUUUAAGGGGGCAUUUAUUAAUUUUUGUUUUGCUAUUCAUUCUGAAAUGUAUUCAUUCAUUGUGAAUGGUUACGACAGAGAAUUGUUUAGCUGAUGCAAAGGUCAAGGCUGCUCGUUUAAAUAUUUGCGCUAAGAUCAAGAUAGUGUCUGAUGGUGAAUAUUUUUAUUUAGCUCUUCUUGUGACACGUUUGAUGCCUUUUUAAAUGGCGAUGUGCUGGUCUUAUAAACAUUAAAUAUAUAUACCUAUAAGUUAUCCAAUUUGCAGAUGCAAUAUUUUUGCAAACAUUAAGACUUACAUAUUGCGAGAAGGUUGUAAAAAAUGCUACGACUCGUAUUCGCGAGGGCGUGGCGACACGGCAGAGGCCAAGCGAAGCUGCUGAGGUCGGUUGUUGCGCGGCAGAGGAGGGAGCUCUCCUCCGCCGUACAGCUGACGGCAGAAAGGUACCCAGACGUGAAGAGGGGAAACUACAGCGUCCUCGCAGACCGCCACCUGCAGUUCUUCGAGAGCAUUCUCGGCAGAGAAAGGGUUCUGACCGACCCAGAUGAUGUCGAGCCUUACAACGUGGAUUGGCUCAGAAUGGUACGAGGUGCUAGCAAAGUGGUGCUGAAGCCAAAAACAACUGAAGAGGUAUCGGCCAUCCUCAAGUUCUGCAAUGCCGAAAGCUUGGCGGUGUGUCCGCAGGGUGGCAACACUGGCCUUGUUGGCGGAAGUGUCCCGGUUUUUGAUGAAGUGGUUGUAUCCACGUCUCUUAUGAACAACAUCAUUAGUCUAGAUGAACUUUCAGGCGUGCUGGUGUGCCAGGCGGGGUGUGUCCUGGAGACCCUGGAAGGCUACGUGCAGGAGAGGGGUCUGAUGAUGCCCCUCGACCUGGGCGCCAAGGGCUCCUGUCAGAUCGGGGGCAACGUGUCCACCAACGCUGGCGGGCUGCGCCUGCUGCGCUACGGGAGUCUGCACGGCAGCGUUCUGGGCAUAGAGGCCGUGAAAGCAGAUGGCCAGGUACUUGACUGCCUGAGCUCGUUGAAGAAGGACAAUACCGGCUACCACCUGAAGCACUUGUUCAUCGGCUCCGAAGGGACUCUGGGCUUAGUUACAAAAGUGGCCAUACAGUGUCCCGCCAGUCCGCGAGCCGUCAACACAGCGUUUUUAGGACUGCUCACGUUCGAGGACGUGCUCCAGACGUUCAAGGACGCGCGCAGCGGCCUGGGGGAGAUACUGUCGUCGUGCGAGAUGAUGGACGCUGCUUCCAUGGACGCGAGCGUCGGCAACCUGAAGCUGACCAACCCCAUCAGCGACCACCCGUUCUACAUGCUGAUAGAGACCUCGGGCAGCAACGGUCAGCACGAUGAGGAGAAGCUGACGCAGUUCCUGGAGAGAUCCAUGGAGCGCGGCACCGUGAGGGAUGGCACCGUCGCCACGGAGCCCUCCAGGAUAAAGACCAUCUGGGAGCACCGCGAGCGAAUAACUGAUGCUCUAGUGUCGGAUGGCUUCUUGUUAGCUUACGAUCUCUCUCUCCCUCUAACUGACUUCUACAAACCUGUCAGCUUGACCUUGGAGUGCUUGUCGAACUGUGCUCAAGUUGUUCGCAUAUCAGCUCAUGGCCAUCUUGGCGAUGGAAAUCUUCACCUGAACAUCACUUCCAGAGAGUUUGAUCAUAAUAUUCUCGAUAUGAUUGAACCCUAUGUGUUUGAGUGGACAUCCAAGCUACGAGGCAGCAUUAGUGCAGAGCACGGCAUUGGCUUCAAGAAGACAAAGUUCAUCCACUACACCAAGUCGCAAAGCUCCAUAGAUCUCAUGAAACAGUUGAAGAGUAUGAUGGAUCCAAAAGGAAUUCUCAACCCAUACAAAUCAUUAUGGGAGAGUCGGGAACGCAUCGCUGAUGCAUUAUCUGCAGAUGGCUUCUUGUACACGUACGACCUGACGAUACCUCACAGCUGCUUCUACGAGCCUGUCGUGAAGGCAAAGCACCACUUGGAGAGCUGUUCUAAAGUGGUUCGCGUCUGUGGCUUUGGACAUUUGGGGGACAACAACCUCCACCUGAACGUGACCUCGAAGCAGCACGAGCGGGCCGUGGAGGAGCUGAUGGAGCCGGCCGUGUUCGAGUGGACGGCGGCCCUGCGCGGCAGCAUCAGCGCGGAGCACGGCCUCGGCUUCAAGAAGAACAAGUUCAUCCGCUACUCCAAAUCCCGGGCUGCGGUGGACCUCAUGAGGGACCUGAAGCUGAUGAUGGAUCCCAAGUUGAUUCUCAACCCUUACAAAGUACUUGUCAUGUAGGACUGGCACGGGAGUGGACAGUAGUACUACAAGGUUUACUGGGGCAUUCAAAAUUGCUGACGAUUGUAAUAAGGAAACCAGCAUUUUUGCUUAUGAGCUGACGUAUCUUACUUAAACCUCUUGUGAUGAAAUGUAUAUUUUUGUAAAAGGGUAAACAAUUCAUGUAAACAAAUUAAAAACCUUAUUGGUACAAAA